AACAAACAUGGCCGCUAAAUCUGAUGGUACACUCGUUUCUCGGCGAAAUGAAACACCACCCGAGUGCCCGUGUGUUCCAGACCAGCGUUCCUCCCAGUGCCGUCCCGCUGGGAGACGCUACUCUCUCCUCGAUUGCUGCUGGACGUUGUGUGCCCUUUUGGUAUUCUUUUCGGACGGCGCAUCUGACCUGUGGCUGGCCGCGGACUACUACCUCAGGCGAGACUACUGGUGGUUUGCACUGACACUGGUCUUUGUGGUGGUUCCAUCUCUGGUUGUACAGGUGCUGAGUUUUAAAUGGUUCGCCUAUGAUUACUCGGACACCGUGGAGAGUGGCACCGCAGCAGCCGCGGUGGUGGCAGCAUCGGGCGCGGAGAGUAAUUUCAGCACUAAGGACAGCGACCGACAGCGGGGCGCUGGCCGCACUGCUGCGGUCGGGGUAACAACUGCCACGGGCACCAGGGGAGGUGCCCAAGGCUGCUGCAGAGUUUUAAUGUGGUUCUUUCAAUCUAUCGUGCAUAUCUUCCAGCUUGCCCAAGUUUGGAGGUAUGUCCAUGCUCUCUACUUGGGGGUGCAGAGUCGCUGGCGUGGUGACCACGAGCGCCGCCACUUCUACUGGCGCAUGAUGUUUGACAGUGCUGACAUCAGCAUGCUGCGACUGCUGGAAUCCUUCCUGAAGAGCGCCCCCCAGCUGGUGUUGCAGCUCAGUAUCAUGAUCCAGGCCAGUCAGGUCCUCCCCCUCCAGGGUCUCUCUGCCUCAGCCUCAUUGGUGUCUUUAGCCUGGAUGAUUGCCUCUUAUCAGAAGGUUUUGAGGGACUCCAGAGAUGACAAGUUGCCAAUGUCCUACAAGGCAGUCACCGUACAAAUUCUCUGGCACCUGUUCACCAUUGGCGCUCGCACAAUGGCCUUUGCAUUGUUUGCCUCUGUGUUCCAGCUUUACUUUGGGAUCUUCAUUGUGGCCCAUUGGUGCAUAAUGACUUUUUGGAUCAUCCAAGGCGAAACAGACUUCUGCAUGUCCAAAUGGGAGGAGAUCAUCUAUAACAUGAUGGUGGGCAUUGUGUAUGUGUUCUGCUGGUUUAGCGUGAAAGAAGGACGAACACGCUGCCGACUAUUCAUCUACAGCAUGGCUGUCUUUGUAGAGAAUGUGGUGCUCACCACAAUUUGGUACCUGUAUCGUGGCCAGCUCACCUCAGACUUUUAUGCUGUGAUCUUGGUAUGUAUUGUAGCCAGCAGCUAUGCUUUGGGAACCUUCUUUAUGUUUGUAUACUACUGUCUGUUACACCCUGAUGGCCCUAUCUCAGGUUGGGGCUUUGUGGUGGAGGAGGAGGUGGUUGUGGGGUCCUGUGCCUCCCCGACCUCCACUCUCCCACCUGAUGUUGUGAGCAGCCCCCCCAGGACCCUCCAGAGAACUAAAGGGGGUGACCGAGAGGGGACAGGUGUUGAUGGGGAUGUGUUUCAGGUACGGGCGCUCAGGGCGGCCCCAGCUGCUCUUCCCAGUCUCGCCCCCUGGUCUGAAGGGCCAGUCAUACGCAUCGACCUGCCCAGGAAGAAGUACCCUGCUUGGGAUGCCCACUUCAUCGACCGCCGGCUACGCAAAACAAUAUUGGUGCUCGAAAGUGCUGCUCCAGUCACGCCAAGGAUCCAGUACCGCUGUCUAGGCUCACCCAAGGAGGUGAUGGAGUAUGAAACCACUGUGUGACAUGGAGGCACAACCACCAUGCCUGGUGUAGCACACCACCUUGCGUGCCAGUCUACCCCAGAGUGGCACACUAAUGAUACUCCCAGAGGAUCAGUUCUGCUCCAGUUCCUGUCACUGUCACUCUGUAAUGUCCAGGGCUACACUGACAGAGAGAGAAAGGAGGUGUAGAGAGAACUUUUCUACAACUACAUCCCAAAACCCUCUAUUGCGUGAGGUGAGGUGUAUAUUUGGGUUCCGGUAUCAUAUCUCAGGUAAUGGGAUGGUACAAGUAGAUAAUGGGAAGGGUUCAAAGUUCAGCAGGAAGAUUCAAUGGCUAAUAACCCUUUAAAGGGACAUGGACCGAAGUUGAGCUGUGUGGUCAUCAAUCAGAGGUACAGUAUCCUAAAUGAGGGUGCUUAAAAAUGUCCUCCUAAGGCAAAUACCAUCAGAGACUAUUCUUAAACAUGUAUGAAUUCCCAUGGCACCUGGUAUUAUCACAAGGACCAGCAGGAACAAAAUAAUCAUCUGGAGAUGUGUAUACUAUCUGUGUAAAUGAUAAUCUGAGACAACAUUCUGUGGUAAACCUGCCUAUAUAAAACCACUCUCUCUGCCUUGUGUAAUUUCCCAUAGUUGUUCAUACAUGUCUUAUAUAUUCUCAGAUAAAGCCUUAACAAGUUUGAAAAACAGUUUUAGAAAUGAGGAAACUGAAGCGUUGAAUGUAACUUAUAAUUCUAAGAAAACAUUUUCAACAUGUUGCUGUAAUAUUAUUACAACACAAGUUGUGAUUUAAAGACAAUUUGUGUAAUACUGUAUGUGUUUAAUUUACAACCAAUUGUUGUUUUUACGAUACUAUCAGUACUACUCCUUAUCGUGUCCAUGCAAAGGAAACAUGAUUAUUUCCAUUAUAUUUAAAGUUUGUAAUUAAUUUACAUAACACAUUCACAAAGAGCCAAAUCAAUUCUCAUAAUGCGUUAAUGCGACACUAAAAUUAACUGAUAACUUGAUAAGCAUUGAUCUAUGUGUAAAUGUAAAUGAGGAUACAUGAAAAGUAGACAUUUUAAGUGCAAUGACUGUCCUGCGGCCAGAUUCUCUCUCUGUAGAAACAUUUUGGCUGAUGAUAGCAAAUAAUUCUUCUGAUCAACAGAAUAGUGGGAAUGGGCCUGUGCUAUUUCUUUAUUUAAAAACUUGGAUUCAUUCCUACUCAACGGUGAUCAACAAGGUUGAAACAGAGAGCAUAUCUGGAACUGAUUUGAUCAUUUCUAUCUGGAACUGAUUUAACCCUUUCUGGAACUGAAAUUGUGUGUGUGUAUGGAAGUGUGAGUGAGCAUAGAAGUGUGAGUAUGCAUAUGUUAUGUUAUUGUAUGUUGGAGUUCAUUUGAUUUGUGUAACUAAAAUAUGAAACAUUUUGUCUGAAUUUUUUGUUUGUUUACGCUGAGAUUAAUAGAUUCUCAGCAACAAUGUAAACAUAGUACAAGGAAAUACAUAGGCUCGAUGAUGGUGCUAAGUGUCCAGACCACCGUUUACCUUGCUCAAUAUUCUGUCUGAAGGAUAAGCGACUGAGCUGUACCUCAAACACAUUGAAUCAAAGCCUUAAACUGGUCAUGCCAGACUGUUGCUGUUCUCAGCACAAUAAAAAAGAGAAAAUG